AUCAAAAGCCACUACCAUCUUUUUACAAGCCAUGUUGACGUGAGAAAUCUAUUGUCUUUUCUAAAAUAUUUAUUUUUCUUCUAAAAUCUUAAUACAGGGUUCACCGAUAGAUAGCAUACGGCGAGCAUACCUUAGCGGUUCGCGCAAACGUUUAAGAUAUCUGCGGCCAUCGAUAGCGAUUCGCAUGUACAAUUAGCGACUGGCCCAAAAUGGAUAGCGAUUCGCGUGCACACUUUAGUGAAUGUCAGAAUUCGGCGCGGUUUGAAAAUAAAGGUUUAUAUGACCCAGGUUGAGGAGUCGAGAUUGGAAAAAAAUCGUUUAAAUUUCGUUUUUUAUGUAAUUGGAAAGUUGUUGCGCACAAAAGUGAUGUGAAAAUUAAUGUUCAUUAUUAUAAAGCAUAAAUUUAUUGAUUUUCUGCGUUGGUUAAAAAAAUAAUAACAAAACUAUGUGAAACAUGAGAAGAACAGCCAUGUGGAGAUUUCAAACAUGGACGUAUAUACACGAAUUCAAAACUGAUGCGAUCUGGAAAAAAAAAUCCGUUCAGGUAAUGAAAAUAUUUAGCAUAUUGGUCCAGCAACCGAAGCGUUCACAGUUUUACCAAGCGAUUAACAAUCAGAGCAUCAUUUGCGGUUUCAUUAUACAUUCCUUCGUUGUUUUUGGUUUUGGCAAUCAUCCUUUUAAAGGUGUUUGGCUACGAUAGGAGCUCUUGCUUGUUGAAGUGCGCCCGUGCAACAUUUUUAUUGUCGGUAAAUUUGUUUUAUUAACGCACCGUGAAAGAAUACAAUAUGAAUUCCAGCCAAAGCUCUGUACAAGAGGAAAAUGCAAGCAGCGCUAUGCAAGCACCUCGCCGCCGAAAAACUACCAGCAACGAAGAUAGAGAGCGCGUGGUAACGGCGUAUGAAAACGGAGCCACUGCAGCUACGAUUAGCGAAAUGUUUAAUUUGAAAAAACCGACUGUCCAUGGUAUCAUCAAAAAAUACCAAAACCAAUGGCAAAUCGAGGCAAAGAAGCGUGGUGGCAACAGAUCUAAACUAUUGUCGCAGCAAGCCGUAAAUGAUGUUCGGAACUGGAUCGACGAGGACUGCACGGUGACGCUUAAAGCACUCGCAGAGAAAGUGUUCGAACAACACGGUGUUCGAGUUUCGUCCACAACCAUAGCGAGGGAAAUAAAAGGAUUCAACUACUCUCUGAAGAUGGUCAAACUGUUACCGGAGCGACGCAACACACCAACGACUGUCGAAGAAAGGAAACAUUACGCUACACAAUUUUAUGAAAUUGCGCGCGGAAUUCCGGAUAAUGGAUUAAUCUAUUUAGACGAAGUAGGAUUUAACGUCAGUAUGCGUACGCUAAAAGGACGAUCGCAGAGAGGAACACCGGCCACCAUCACCGUUCCACAGUUAAGGACUAGGAACAUCUCCAUCAUUUGUGCUAUGCAUCGGUACGGCGUGCUGCUUUACACCACACACACUCGAUCCGUAAACCGUGAACGGUUUAUACAGUUUAUUGAAGAACUAAAGCAAACCCUGCGAUCGAAGAACAUUAACAGCAGCUACUUCAUAAUGGAUAAUGUAGCUUUCCACAAAACACCCGCAGUAAGAGUUGCAAUCGGAAAUGAUAGCGACAAACCUUUAUAUCUACCACCCUACUCACCAUUCCUUAAUCCUAUUGAAAAUCUUUUCAGCCAGUGGAAGAAUUUUGUGAGGCGAAGCAAUCCUUCAAAUGAGGAUCAAUUGAUGGAAGCGAUUCGGAAUGGAUCCAGGCUAAUAACCGCACAGGAUUGCGAUGGCUACAUUUCGAAUAUGUGGCAAUACAUGUCCCGUUGUUUGAGGGGCGAAGAAAUUUUAGAUUAAGUUAUGUAUAAAUAUAUAUAAGAUUACAAAGUAAGAUUUUAGUUUUAAUGUGUAACAUAUUGUACUGACGAUUCUUAAAAAGAUGAAAUGUAAAUAAUGCU